CAGCAAUACCAGCAGUUGCAACAGUGUAAACUAGUGCGAAAAUGUCGCAAUCUGAUAACGCGGCACGUGAGCAAACUGCGGCAAAUCCGGUGCCCGAGGCAUGUCAAGGCUGCCGCGGUCAAUUGCCACGUGCCACGCCGGUGGAAGUGGAGGACAUGGCCACCCCGUCGCUGGAGAAGCUCAUCCGCAAGGCCAAUAUGGCUCAGAAAAUGCUGAACGAUGUAAUGAAGCAAAUCCAGAAGCAGCAAGAAUCUCAGGCCUCCACCAAGGAGACCAAAUCCAAGCACCGAAGUUCCGAAGGAGGUAAAAGUCGACACAGUGGACGCAAACAUCGUGGUCACCACCAUCACUCUAGCUCAUCUUCCAGUUCCAGUUCCGGCCAGAGUGACUGCGAGCUGAUUCUCGCCGAGAAGGAGGAGAUCAUGCCCAGGAGGAGACACAUUCGGGAGGAUCGCAAGCGUGAUCGCUCCAGGUCCCGCGGUCGCUCCCGUGGUCACUCGCGCGGUCGUUCUCAUGGGCGUUCUCGUUCCAGGUCCUACACCGAUCCACGACGAUCCCGAUCCCGAGCACUGCCCCUGGCUCUGCCCGUUCGGAUUUCAGUGUGAGUAUCUGGCAUCAUUCAGUAUUAUCCAUUACCCAUUUUAUCCCCUAAGUGUGCACAGAAAUAAAAAU